CAGGGUUAGCUCGUCUCGGCUCAGUGUUGUCGCCUCCAAACAUCCAUGAUGCUUCUGGUUCUCCCAGCAGCGGCUCCCAGCUCCUCUCCUGCCCGCUGACAGCGCCACCAUGAGCGGCCUCUGCAGAGAAGUCAUCACCCUCCAGCUCGGACAUUAUUCCAACUUUGUGGGGACCCACUGGUGGAAUUUACAGGAUGCGUCUUUGUCGUACGAUCCCGAGUCGCCUCCCGGUGAGAUCCAGAGCGAUGUGGUGUUUCGUGAAGGACAGACUCUGGGAGGACACGUCACCUACACGCCUCGACUCAUCGCCAUGGACCUCAAAGGAAGUCUUCGGACUCUGCGGCAGGAGGGGAGUCUGUAUGAUGCCGGCAAGGACACUUCAGCUGUCACCUGGGACGGAAGCCUCCUGAUGCACAAAGAAAGUCCUCCUGCGAAGAACUCAUUUCUAGAAGAUUUGGAUAAGCUGGAUAAGGGGCAAAUCCUGGCCGAGGUGGAUUUCUCCUGCAGCUCUCAGCCUCAGUGUUCAGCAGCAGCCGGCGGCUCAGUGAGCGUCGAGUCGGUCAACAGUCGACUGUCUCGGGUCCAGAGGGGCUACCGGCUGGAGGGCAGCGUCAAAGUCUGGUCUGACUUCCUGAGGAUCCACCUCCACCCCAGAACCAUCUCAGUCGUCCACCAGUACAACCACGACGGAGAGGCUCAUCGUCUGGAGGCCUUCGGUCAGGGAGAAUCUCUGCUGCAGGGAUCAGUGUUGGAGGAUCUGGAGGACAAACUGCACUUCUUUGUGGAGGAAUGUGAUUAUCUCCAGGGUUUCCAGGUUCUCUGUGACUUGGCUGAUGGUUUCUCAGGUCUUGGAUCGAAGGUCACAGAGAUGCUUCAGGACUCUUAUGGAGGUCGAGGCGUCCUGACGUGGGGUUUAGCUCCCGUUAGCCACCCGGACUCGACUCCGGUGAAGGACCUCUACCACCUCCUGAACUGCACCUUAGGGACCGUCCACCUGGCCAAUCACAGCUCCUUCUUCUGCCCGCUGACGCUUCGUGGAGGUUUGGGCAGAAGACCUUCAUCUCCCACCACGUUCAGCCACCUCAGUUACGAUCCGUCGCUCUGGUACCACUCCAGCUCCGUCCUGGCUUUGGCCCUGGAUGCCCUGACGGCGCCCUACCGCCUGAGGAACAACAGCGUCCCCAUGUGGCAGCUGGCCGACAUGCUGGCCGUGUCUGGGAGGAAGGUAGUGGCUGCAUACGGCGCCGUCCCCUUUCCCAUGAUGCACGGCGGCUCCCUGCCCGACGCUCUGAGCGCGUGCAGUGACGCUCCGCCCUGGAGGCCGCUGUCGGCCUGUCCUGAGGCCGACGGUCGAUGCUACGGCCAGUGGACCACGCUGAAAGGCUUCGAGGGCCAGAAACUGAUCAGCUCUCUGGCUCCAGGAAUCAAACCUCCUACUCCCCUCCACAGCCUCCACAGCGGUGAAGACGUCUUGUCGUCCUACAUCAGAUCUUUCUACCCUUCAGCUCCUCUAGCUCUUCAGCUGGUGUCCACUCCCAGUAAACUCACGCCUCCGUUCCCUCAGAUCUUCAGCCCGUCGCUGGACGCUCAAGGUUUCCUGCAGAAUGAACCACCUCCACCCGGCUGUCCGCCUCCUCUCGUCUCCUCGGUUCCCGUCCUGACGUCCCUCCAGUCGGGUCCGGCCCUGGGCUCCUGGCUGUCGGAUCUUCAUCGCGCCGCCGCCUCCUUCGACAUCCGCCGCGUGGCCCCCAGCUUCCUGUCCCAGGGGCCCGAACUGGCCGACUACCAGGAGGCCCUGGAGCAGCUCCGCCUGCUGGCCCGCUGUUACCGUGACGACAGCAGCGGCGUGAUGCGGUCUUCGUCUGAGGAGGACGACGACUGACCCGGACAGACGGAUGUAACGGACUCUGAGGACUGUUUAUAUGUAAUAAAUGUAUUUUAUACCGAC